AUGCUCAUCUCCGUGGUAACCUGGCUCGGCUAUGUCAGUAGUACCGUCAACCUGAUCAUCUACACCGCCUUCAACACCGAGUUCAGGAACAACUUUCACAAGCUGCUCUGCAGACAGACGUGGAGGAUGAAGAUGCUGGCCUCCUGCAGGGCUCUGUUGUGGCAGGUGCUCCUCAGGUUUUCGUAUCAGGUGGUCACAGCCAGUCUGUGUCUGGGGGGGUCGGACAUCUCAGCAUCAGUCAGAGAGAACAGUCCACCGGGUCAGCUUGUCUCCGAGCUCAGCAUCACCGCAGAACCCGGAUCCAGCAGCGUCCGGCUGUGUCUGACCGGAGACAACAAGGACUGGUUCUACCUGGAGGGACGGACCAUCAGACUCAACACGUCCACCUCCAGAGUCCUCGACAGAGAGCUUCAGGGGUCGGUGCUGAUAGCACAACUGACCUGUUACGAGGAUGAUGUCGUACAGACCCAGUACAGGAUCCUGGUGGAGAUCAUUGACGAGAACGACAACAGACCACACUUCCUGCCGGAGACAAUCCAACCGCUCACCAUCAGUGAGCUGACUGCGGUGGACUCUGUGGUUUUUUCGGUGUCAGCUGUGGAUGCAGACGGAGACAUGAUCAGUUAUAUCAUCGAUCAGUCAUCGACCGACGCCAGAUUCUUCAGGGUCGACCUGCCCAACAGCGGGAACGUGGUCCUGAACAGACCGCUGGACUACGAGAGCAGGACUCACCUGCAGCUGAGGAUCUGGGCCCAGGAGGCAAACACGGUGGAGAAAUUCAACACGUCGGCUGUUCUGAGCAUUGUCAUCGAGGAUGGAGACGACCAGUACCCGCACUUCCUGCCCUGCACAUCUGUUUCCCCAGGUGUUCCCGUCUGCAUAAACCCCACCUACACCGCCAACAUCACCCACAAACACCAGGAUGGCGUUCUGGAGUUUUCUCCUGGUCCAAUCAGAGCGGAGGAUGGAGACCGAGGGAUCAACACAUCUCUGGUUUUCUCCAUCCUGUCAGGUGGUGACCAGGGCAGGUUUGUGAUCGAAAACACGACAGGUGAGAUCAGGUUGACCCGACCGCUGAAUGACCGCCAACUGGAGACGAACUUUACCCUCAGAGUCAUGGUGCAUCAGGAGGACGACAGGCUGAAGUACUCCGUGGCGUCGGUUCUGAUCAGAGUUCUCAGUGAGAACCGGUUCCCCCCGCUCUUCAACAGAACAACCUUCAAAGGUUUCAUCAUCCAGAGCUCAAGCCCCGCCUCCAUCGUCUCCACCUACGGCAACCAGGUGUUACAGGUGCAGGCCUCUGACCGUGACUUUCUCGAUGGCCAGAAUCCAUCCAUCCACUACUCCCUCCACCCGCUGUCUGGACUGUACCAAGUCACCCAGGGAGGGGUCCUGAUUGCCAGGACGGACCGAUUGCACGCCUUCGAUAGACACAUACUGCAGGUCAGAGCCAGAGAUGAAGAAUCAGGAGAAGAAGCUUUGGCUUCAGUUGACAUCGAAGUCCUGCAGAGAGGACAGACAGUCCCUCAUGGUGCGUUCAGGGAGCAGCAGAUGUUUGGAGAUGUGGACAGCAGACUGGCCGGAGGGAUCACGGCGACGGUUCUGUUAAUGUUCCUGUCGGCGGCUCUCCUAGUUCUGCUCCGAGCUGCGAGGAGACGACGACUGCUAAGGAACCCUGAUGACCGAGCGGCUGUCGCCAUCGGGAAACAUCCCAAUGUGGUAAACGAAGAGUCGUCCUUCAGCGGCAGAGCUUUCUCUCAUCAGUUUGAGUCAUCUUCACGGUGUCUCAGUCUCCACGGGAGACAGGGCGUCUACACCAGGAGACUGUCUCUGCUUUCUCCUGCGUCUUCAUCAUUAUCACACAUCAUCAGAGGAGCCACGUCUCACUCUGGCCUGUCCCCUGUCUCAGAGAGUCCACCUGAGACUGUCCUCACACCUCAGACUGUCCUCACACCUCAGACUGUCCUCACAGCAGGUCCGUCCACAGGUAUCCAUGGUGAUGACAUCACAGCAGAUGACAACAUGAAAAUCAACCAAUCAGAGGACCCAUACAGAGCCAUAACCUCUGUCAUCUGUCUGUCCGAAGACAGCUCAGAGGACAUGGACACAUCUCCACAGCAGCCAAUCACAGAAUAGUAACAGAGAAACUGUCACAGCUCAG